AUGUCAGCUACUGGACGGCCUCGACCUAGCUCCCUCCGUCCACCACAGCAGAAAGUUCCCAUCACCUUUAUGGAAGACGACUACGACACAGACACCGGCGAGGAGGACGAUCCGAUUGUCGUGGAGGCCCUCAUCGCAAACGGUAAGGUACGGCGGGUACUCAUCGAUACAGCUAGUUCCGCUGACAUUAUGUUUUACGAUGCUUAUAAAACCUUAGGCUUAUCUGUGAAAGACCUGAUCCCCUACGACCACGACUUGAUCGGGUUCACUGGGGACAGAGUCCUGCCAUUAGGAUAUUUUGAUGCAUACCUCUCCCUAGGAGACCCUGAUGUUUGCAGGACUGUCAAGGCCCGAUUUUUGGUAGUGAAAUGCCCAACAGCCUACAAUGCCAUCAUCGGCAGACCAAGCCUCAAUGUCUACCAAGCCAUCGUCUCCACCCACCACCUGAUGUUGAAGUACCCUUGGGCCGGAAGAGCGGUUUCCGUACGCGGAAACCUAACCAUGGCCAGGGGGUGUUAUAACUCCAGCUGCAGAUUGGCGCGCGAGGAUCGCAAGAGGAAAGAGCCCGACCAUGGGAAAAGAGUCGAAAGCUUCCACCUCCGAUCAGGGGCUUGCUUGACCGAUAUCGACCCACGAGUGGACCAAUCCAGAGAGGAUCAACGUCUUAAACCGGAUGGGGAAGCACGACCUGUUCAGAUCGGUCGUGGCCCCGAGCAAACCACCAAACUGGCACGAGAACUCCCUCAGGAUCUUUCAAACCGACUGGAGGCCCUUCUGAGAAGUAAUGGGCACUUAUUUGCAUGGUCGUCCGCGGAUAUGCCGGGCAUAGACCCAACAUUCUGCAGUCAAAAGCUAUCAGUAGACCGAAAGUUCAAGCCAGUGGCCCAGAAGAAGAGACAGAUGAGCGCAGAGAAGCAAGAAGCGAUUCGGGAACAGACGACGGAACUUCUGAAGGCCGGGAUCAUUCGCGAAGUUAAGUACACUACUUGGCUUUCGAACGUGGUCCUGGUAAAAAAAUCCAAUGGAAAGUGGAGGAUGUGCGUGGAUUACACGGAUCUGAACAAGGCCUAUCCUAAAGAUCCCUUCCCCCUCCCCAGCAUCGAUGCCUUGGUGGACAACUCCUCUGGGUACGAAUACUUGUCCCUCAUGGACGCGUAUUCUGGGUACAACCAGAUUCCGAUGUACAGAGACGAUAAAGAAAAUACCGCUUUUAUAACCGAUCGGGGGACGUACUGCUACACUAUGCUCCCAUUCGGCCUGAAAAAUGCAGUGGCCACCUACCAACGAAUGAUGACCAGAAUCUUCGGGGCGCUUAUUGGGAAGUCAGUCGAAGUCUACAUCGAUGACAUCAUCGUGAAAACACCAAAGGGAGCGACCAUGCAGCCGAUUUGGCCGUCGUGUUCGAACAGCUGA